AUGGCCAACACCCACAAUCGCAGCUUAGAAUUAGAAGUCACCGUCAUCUCCGGCGAAGACCUCCGCAUCAACGACAGGCCCAUCAAGAACAACGCCUUCGUCACCGUCAAGGCCGACUCUGGCGGUUCGCUGUCAUCGUUGCAAGACUCAACAAAACCCGAUGUGCAGAGCGAGAGCUACCCUUACUGGGACGAGAAGCUCCACGUAGACUUGCCCGCGGGAUCGCGCUACGUCGUCGUCGAGGUCUGCCGGAGGAGCUCCGCGGCCGUGGACAAGCUUGUCGGGACCGCCUGGAUUCCGGUGUCGGACUUCGUCGGAGACUACACGCCGGAGAAUUACCUGCAUUUCUUGAGUUACAGGCUGAGGGACGCCCAAGGGCAGCGCAACGGGAUCGUCAAUAUCUCGGUUAGGGUCAUCACGUCGUCCUACAAAGGGACUGCUGCGUCAUCGUCGUCGUCUUCGUCGCCGUCGGUGCCAAAGUUCGGGAUUCCAGUGGAUCGGGAGAAGACCGGCGGGACGGUGACCGGCAUGCCGGUUUGGUAUCCGAAUCAAUGGAAAUCUUGA